AUGCUUCAACUUCAUACACGAUUGUCAACAUUGGCAAUCUACACUACAAAGGCUGUGCUGAGACCAUACCGCUGCCAUGGUGUCAAGGACUCCGCUGCCAUCAGAAGUAUUCAUACUUCCAACGUCAUGAGAGAACGCAACCCCUUGUUUGAGAAGAUCUUGAUUGCCAACAGAGGUGAAAUCGCCAUUCGCGUCAUGAGAACUGCCAAAGAGUUGGGUAUCAAGACAGUCGCAGUGUAUAGUGAGCCUGAUGCCAACGCUCAACAUGUCAAAAUGGCUGAUGAAGCUUAUUUGAUUGGCCCCGCUGCCUCCGCCGAGAGUUAUCUCUGUAUCGACAAGAUUAUGAAUGUUGCCAAAAUGACCGGAUCUCAAGCCAUUCAUCCUGGCUAUGGUUUCUUGUCUGAAAACGCGGAUUUUGCAGACAUUGUCAAGGCCUCCAACAUUGCCUUCAUUGGUCCCUCUGGCGAUGCGAUGCGUUCUAUGGGUUCUAAAAGUGAGUCUAAAUUUAUUAUGCAAGACGCUGGUGUCCCUGUAGUUCCUGGCUACCACGGUGAAAACCAAGACGUCGGUUUCCUGAAGGAUCAAGCCGAGAAGAUUGGCUAUCCCGUCUUGAUCAAGGCCAUCAAAGGUGGUGGAGGCAAAGGUAUGCGUAUCGUGAGAUCUCCCUCUGAGUUUGAAGAGAUGCUCGAGUCUUCCAAGCGUGAAUCCAUCAAGUCCUUUGGUGAUGACAAGGUGUUGGUUGAAAAGUACUUGGAACGUCCUCGCCACGUCGAAGUCCAAGUGUUUGCUGACAAGCAUGACAAUGUCGUUCAUUUGUUUGAGCGUGAUUGCUCAGUUCAAAGACGCCAUCAAAAGGUCAUUGAAGAAGCUCCUGCCCCUGGCUUGACCGAGGAGCUUCGUGCUGAAUUGGGUGCCAAGGCUGUCGCUGCUGCUCGUGCUGUCAACUAUGAAAAUGCCGGUACCGUCGAGUUCAUCAUGGACAAUGUAGACAAGCAGUUCUAUUUUAUGGAAAUGAACACUCGUUUGCAAGUCGAGCAUCCUGUUACUGAAAUGGUCACCAAGACUGAUUUAGUUCGCUGGCAAUUGGAAGUUGCUGCAGGCAACCCCCUUUUGAUGAGACAAGAUGAGCUCAAAUUGCACGGCCAUGCUUUCGAAGCUCGUGUCUAUGCCGAGAAUCCCUCCAACCACUUCCUCCCCGACACUGGACCACUCUUCAGUGUGCGCACUCCUUUGCCUAGCGAGAACGUCCGCUUGGAGACAGGUUUCAUUCAAGGAGACCAAAUCAGUGUCCACUAUGAUCCUAUGAUUUCUAAGCUGAUUGUCCAUGGCGAGAACCGUAACGAUGCUCUUCGUCGCUUCCGCAGAGCCCUUGAACAAUAUCAAGUUGUUGGCUUGAACACCAACAUCAGCUUCAUCAAGACUGUUGCUGAACAUCCCGAAUUCAUCAAGGGUGAGGUAGAGACUGGCUUCAUUCAGCAAUAUGAAAAGGAUCUCUUCAAAGAUGCAGGAGCCCCUGACCCAACCACCUUGGCUUUGGCUGCGAGUGCUCUUAGAUUAAAGGAAAUCGACAAUAUCAAGAAGAGUUCCCAUGAUCCCUACAGCCCCUGGAACACUCAGACUGAUAGUUUCCGCAUCAACAACAUCAACCACAGAGAGUUCUCAGUUACCGCUAAUGACCACCCUUACAAGGUGAUUGUAUCUACCAACAGCACACAAUCUCAUUUGGUGGAUAUGGAGGUUGUUGAUGCUGCCACCAACGAAUCCAUCAAGACAUUCACUGCUGUCGAUAGCCGUCUUGAUAAGGACGGCUUGAUGGUUUCUUCUAUUGAUAGCAAGACACUCAAGAGCAAUGUCGUGUUACAUGAUCAAGAUGUUGUUGUUUUUGAUGAGUUUGGUCGCACAACAUUCAAGUUGCCAACACCAAACUACAUCCUGGGCAAUGGCGAGAAUCAAGGUGCUGGUUCUGUAAAGACUCCUAUGCCCUGUAAGAUUUCCCAGGUGUUUGUCAAGCCAGGCCAAGUCAUCAAUAAGGGAGACACAUUGAUUGUUCUGGAGGCCAUGAAGAUGGAGCAUGUUAUCAAGGCGCCCGUGUCUGGUACAAUUGACCAAGUGUUGUACACAGUGGGAGAUUUGGUAGCUGAGAACAAGAACCUAGUAACAUUUGCUAAUGAAUAA